GACUCUGAUCUGGCAGAGCAGCAGGAGCAGGUCAGCCAGAGACUGAAGGUCAAUUAAGCAGCUAUUCAUCCUGAGAGACACAAACAAGAGCACGAUGGCCGGUGAACAACGCUUUGUAUUCAGUGCACGCAUUAUAGGAGCCGUCCACAGGGACACACCAAAACUCAAAAUGUUUAUGAUAUCUGUGUUAUGGUCAGAUGAGACUGAAGUGAUUGUCUACAGGUCCUUUCAAGAUUUUAAGAAUUUACAUCGGCAGCUGAAAAAGAGGUUCCCUCCCAUGAACCCUUUUAGGAGAAAAGACAGAGUGAUCCCCAAAUUUAAAGAAUAUUUGAUUUCCUCUCCAGGUUGGUGGCUGGUGGAGAACGAGGAUAAGGUUUUGGCUUGGUUCCCUGCUCCCUACCUGGAGUUAUGGGAUGGAGAGGAUGGUGACAACGCUGAAUUCCAGCUUGCAGGUGCCCUGUACUGUGCUGUGAGGAGUUACUCAACUACGAAGAAUGACGAGGUGUCUGUGCCCAUUGGCGCUGUAGUGGAGGUGCUGAGGAAGUCUGACAACGGCUGGUGGCUCAUCAGAUUCAAUGGCAAGGCAGGUUACAUCCCCUCCAUGAACCUGCAGCCGUACAACAACCCACGGUCAGGCCUCUACAGCCUGCAGAGAAAGCUGCACAGCUCCGCUCUGAACCUGGCAACCAGCACGGAGCCUCAGGCUUCUCAUGCACCCUGCGUCAGCGAGGAAAUCAGGGGCUCUGCAGGUCAGUCCAGAGCAGAGUCCAGUGUGCUUGGGCGUCUCCACAAGGCCCGAUCACUGGACGUCCUCUCUGAGACCCGCUUGCAAACACAGAUGGAGAGGAACGUCUCAACCUCAGACCGCCUUGCACGCAGCAACAGCAGCAGUAGCAACAGAAGCACCGAGACCAGCUUCUCCAGCUUCUCUUCAAGCAGAAAAUGUUCCUUAAUUUCCGCAGCCUCACCCCAAUCCAGUGGGAGCAGCUUUCCUGAUCUCAGCCUCUCGGACCGCCGCAGCUCAAACACUAGCUCUGAGAGCUAUGGAUCUGUCAGCUCCAAAGGAAGGGAGACAGCCUUAAACGCUCCCAUGGUGCCACCCAGACCCAAAACUGAGGAGAUUCUGAACCGCUGCACCACCAUGACUCGCAAGGCAGCCCUGGCCACCAAGACCCAGCUUCAGAUUCAGCCAGAGUCCAUCCACAGCCGCUAGGCAAUCAUAAGCCUCUGAUGUAUAUCAUGUGUUUUUUAUAUGUAUUCAUGUAAACAUGUAAUCAGCCAGUCCAGGUCAUACCAGUUAGUCACACAGUUUAUUUCAGUAUUCUUCUCAAUACUUUUCACCAUUCUGUCUCACUCAGUUCCUUCUCCUUUAUCCUCUGGUUCUCUUUGUUUCCCAGUUUAACCACUUCCUUCCCUUUUCCCUCCGAAACAUAAUCACUCAAUUACCACUCCCCUCACCUGUCCCUGCAAUCUUCCACACAACCUUGACAAGAUA